CUCUGCUCUCUGUCAGGCGGCGGUAAGAGAGAACGACCGCUCCUUGUGCGCCUGCGCGGAGGGAGUGGCCCGUUGGGAGAGUCUGCGGGGGAGGGGGUGAGCCUGUCGCCGCGGUUCGGCUCCUACUUGCGGCUCAGGGUGGGGACCCCGCAGCCUCUCGUCAGGGAGAGGCCCGGGCAGGAGGAGGGGAGCCAGCGCGCCGCCCGAGGCAGCGGCGGCUCCCGGGCCGGGGCAGGAUGGUGUUCGAGUCGCUGGUCGUGGACGUUCUGAACCGGUUCCUGGGCGACUACGUGGUGAACCUGGACAGCUCCCAGCUCAGCCUGGGCAUCUGGGGAGGAGCUGUAGCACUUAAGAAUCUUGAAAUAAAGGAAAAUGCACUGAGUCAGCUGGAUGUACCAUUUAAAGUAAAAGCAGGGCAUAUUGGUCAACUUAAUCUACAAAUCCCAUGGAAAAACCUUUAUACUCAGCCAGUUGAGGCUGUUCUGGAUGGAGUUUAUUUGCUUGUAGUGCCUACAGCCAGCAUAAAAUAUGAUGCUGAAAAGGAAGACAGACAUCUCCUAGAAGCAAAGCAAAGGGAACUGCAAAGAAUAGAGGAUGCAAAACAGAAAAUAGCUGAUCAGGAUAAAGGACAAGAAGAGAAACAAGACAGUUUUGUAGAAAAAUUAGUCACUCAGGUCAUCAAAAAUCUUCAGGUGAAAAUUUCCAACAUUCAUGUUCGAUAUGAAGAUGAUAUCACAAAUCGAGAGAACCCCCUGUCAUUUGGGGUCUCACUUCAGAAUCUCAGUUUGCAGACCUCAGAUCAAAAUUGGAAUCCAUGUUUACAUGAUGAAGCUUCCAAGUUGUUCUAUAAGCUUGUACGUCUCGAUAACUUCUUUGCUUACUGGAAUGUGAAGUCUGUGAUGUUCUACCAUGGAGGUUACGAUGAAUCUUUGAAUAAUUUAAAGCAUGGAGUUGCCUGCCACAACAUGAUUCCAGAAGGUUAUGAUUUUGUAUUCCGUCCAAUUUCCGCUAAAGCCAAACUCCGUAUGAAUCCUCGAUCUGAUUUUGACUUUUCUUCACCAAAAAUGAACUUAGAUGUAAAUUUACAGGAUAUAGCCAUUGAGUUCAAUAAACCACAGUACUUCAGUGUUAUGGAGCUCCUUGAGUCUAUUGAUAUGAUGACCCGGAAUCUGCCAUACCGGAAGUACAGACCCGAUGUUCCUUUGCACAACAAUGCCAAGAAGUGGUGGAAAUACAUUAUUAAUGGUAUUCUGGAAGUAAAUGUUCAACCCAAGCUUAAUAUGUGGUCAUGGGAACACAUUCGACACCAUAGAAAACAAGUGAAGAACUACAAAGAGAUGUAUAAAAUGAAGAUAACAUCAAAGAACCCUAGUGAAGAGAUUGUAAAAUUGUUAGAGGAAUUUGAAAAGUCCCUGGAUAUAUUUAACAUCACUCUAGCAAGACAACAGGCAGAAGUUGAGGUAACUAAAGCUGGAUUAAAGAUUUACAGACCAGGGGUAAAACAAGAUGACGAAAAUUCUGGUGGUUGGUUCAGUUGGAUAUGGGGUUGGGCAGGAGAAAGAAACGAUGAGAAGAAACAAGAAAUAAAGGGUGCAAGUCUUGAAGAAUUGAUGACACUGGAAGAAAAGGCUAAACUCUAUGCGGCAAUUGGGUAUAGUGAAACAGCUGUUGAUCCAACAUUGCCAAAAACAUAUGAAGCCAUGAAGCUUUCUGUAAAGCUGUUAAGCAUGUCCAUAUCAAUAAGGGAAAACAAGGAGAAACCUGAGCUGAUCAAAUUUGCAAUAAUUGACUUGAGCACAAUGUUAACGCAACGACCAGGUGCUCAAGCAAUAAGAUUUGAAACAAAAAUAAGCACAUUUGAAGUUACAGGCAUGUCUGAAGAAAAAUUCAUACCCUGUCUGCUAUCUUCUCGAACAAUCCAUUCGGAAAACAAUACCUCACUCUUAACCAUAAUGUUUGAGACCAAUCCUUUAGAUGAGAAAGCUGAUCAGAAGCUUCGACUAGAAUCACAGCCAUUGGAAAUAAUAUAUGAUGCAAGGACUGUGAAUAGUUUAGUGGAUUUCUUCAGGCCUCCAAAAGAUGUACAUUUAGAGCAACUGACCUCAGCAACUUUGAUGAAGCUUGAAGAAUUUCGUGAGAAGACAUCAACAGGAUUAUUAUAUGUUAUUGAAACACAGAAAGUUCUCGAUCUAAAAAUUAAUUUAAUGGCUUCAUACGUCCUUGUUCCACAAAAUGGAUUUUAUGAAUCUACGUCAAAUUUACUUCUUCUGGAUCUUGGUAACCUACAGAUGAUGAGUAAAAGUCGUUCUGAUGUGUCAGAUCUCAAAGUAGGACAAAGCACCAUUGAAGAUAUCAUGUCAAGAGCUUAUGAUAGCUUUGAUAUUCAACUCAGCAGUAUACAGCUACUUUACUGCAAACAUCAUGAAAAUUGGAAGGAGGCUCGUAAGCUAAAAUAUUCUUCACAACAUAUCUUGCGGCCUAUGGAUGUGAAAGUGGAAUUUAGCAGGGCAAUGGUUGUCACUGAUGCAAGAAUGCCUAAAUUCAAAAUUUUUGGACAACUGCCUUUGCUCUCUGUUCAAAUCUCUGACCAAAAGCUGAUGGGUAUCUUGGAGCUAAUUGACAGCAUUCCUAAACCAGAAAGUGGUCCUGCUACCAUGUCUGCUCCCAAGCCAACUCAGAUUGCAGUAACUCCUCUGCUUCCAACACCGCAUGUCUCACAAAAUGUACUUCCAUUUUUGGAACUUCAUUCGUUAACUGAGUCAGAAUCGGAAGAAGAAUUUUAUGAUGCCCCCACCAGUCCUGUGGAGGAGAUGCCAUUUUUUGAAGCAUCUUCUGGCUCUCUGACCAGGGUUAACAGUGCUAGAAGGAAAAGGUUACAGAAGCAAGAAUCUUUGAAGAAUAUGACAGAAUUCCAGCUAAGAUUUGAAAUACCUGAGGUCUUAAUGCGGUUGUGUCGUCUUGCUGAUGGUACUGAAAAGCCUGUGCUGCAGCUAGAAGUUGUAGGAUUAGGCACUGAACUUAAACUAAGAACAUUUGAUAUGGCUGUAAAUGCUUUUCUUAGAGAAGUCUGUUUACUGUGUCCAGAGUAUAUGGAUGAUAAAGACAAACCGGUUUACAUCAUUACAACUUUGGAUAAUACAGAGGAUGAUCUUCUUACACUGGAAUAUGUAAAGGCUGAUAUUAAUGGACCCGAAUUGAAAACUACUUACAAGAAUGUUCUACAACUGUUAAAGGUGAAUUUCUCCUCUCUAGAUGUUCAUUUGCAUAAUGAAGCACUUCUAAAUGCCAUGAAUUACCUAAAUAAUCUUCUACCAAAACAAGAGACUAAAAUAACAGAAGAGCUAGUCCAGGAAAAAGAAGAGAAAAAGGAUGUUCUUAAGAAAUUAACAUCAAAAAAAUCCAAGUAUGAGGAUGUCAUAGACCUACAUGUCUGUGCAGAUUUAUCCUGUUUGCGGGUUUUUAUUAGAGAACAAAAGCGCAGAAUAUCUGAAAUUCACGUAGAAGGUCUUGAUUGCCAAGUGAUCAUGAGGAAAGCAGCAACUGAAGUGUUUGCAAAAUUAAAGAACAUAGUUGUUAUGGAUUCUGAUGAUAUGGCAUUGCAUAAAAAGGCUCUUUAUAUCACAGGAAAAGAAGUCUUCAGUUUUAAAAUGGUGUCGUACGUGGAUGCUACAGAUGGUGCUGCCUAUACAAAUAUGAAUAUUGUGGACAGCCAGGUUUAUUUAACUGUUGGUUGCAUUCAAGUAGUUUUUGUCAACAAGUUUGUUUCAGCUAUUUUGGCUUUUAUAAAUAACUUCCAAGCUGCUAAGGAAGCUAUUACCGAGGCAACUGUUCAAGCAGCAGGGAAAGCAGCUACAGGUGUAAAAGAAUUGGCACAACGGAGUUCCCGAAUCGCACUGGAUAUUAAUAUUAAAGCACCUGUAAUCAUAGUGCCACAGUCAGCAGACUCUACUAAUGUCCUUGUUGCUGAUUUUGGUCUAAUUACCAUAAAUAAUCAGUUCUCUGUUAAAACAAAGGCACGAUGUAGCCUUCCACCUGUUAUUGACUCUAUGACAGUGAAGCUGAGUGAACUAAAACUAUACAGAACACAUUUUGAGAGAGGUUCUUUACAAAGUGAAAUACAGCUGUUGCAGCCACUAAAUUUGGAAGUUACUGUUGAACGAAAUUUAGCUGCUGCCUGGUAUAGCGAAGUGCCUGAUAUUAAAAUACUUGGACGACUUAAACCUAUAAAUCUCAUUCUCAGUCAGGAGGACUUAACCACUAUAUUGAGGACACUGAAUGAAAAUUUAGGGGACAGUUCUGGUGCACCACCUCCUUUACCAGAACCAAAAGAUACAAGUAGCAGCUGCAGCGAUGCCCUCAGUACUUCCCAGCAUUCUGCAGGAACAACUAUGGUAACAACUGCUGUGGUGGAAUUACAUUCACCUGUUAAAGUUAAAACAACACUAAAACUGGACUUCCUAUUCGACUCUCUCACUUUGGUAUUGUAUAGUCCAAAGUCUAAACAGGUUUCUGCUUUGGAUCAAAGAGAUGAUCUUUUGAAACUUGCUGAGUUUAAAUUGGUCUUGAUAUCAGCUGCUGUCAAAAUGUUGUCAGAUGGUUCAAUGAAUGCUUCAGUCAAGUUAGCAAACUGCACAUUAGAUGAUAAACGACUGACAGUCCAGAAGACAACUCCAAGAAUGGUGGAAAUGAAACAUGGAUCUGAAAAGAAGGACAUGGUGGAUAUAAGCUACAAGCAGGGGAGAGAUGGCACUGUUCUGGACACAAUUGUUCAAGACCUAUAUCUCUGUGCGAGCAUGGAAUUUCUACUUACCGUUGCAGAUAUAUUCUUAAAGGCUAGUGCAGAAAGUGCUGCUGCACAGAGGAGUAUCAAGCAAACUUCAGCUGUAAAGGGGCAAGCAUCUGUGCAGCUGGUAUCUUCAAUGGAAAUGAACAUCAUUGUUAAAAAUCCAGAGAUUGUGUUUGUGGCUGAUUUAACAAGAAGUGAUGCUCCUGCAUUGGUGGUUACAACACAGUGUGAGAUCUUCAUUAAGAACAGCCCUCAAAUGUAUAAAAUGACAGCUGCUGUUAAAGAUAUACAAAUGAAAGCCUGCCCCUUUCUUGCAGAAGAGAGAAAAGGGAACAUUACUACAGUAUUGCAGCCUUGUGAUUUCUUCUUCAAAAUGGUGCAGUCUGGUACUAAUCCACAAAUGGCUGACCUAUCAAUUAAAUCCUUAACAAUAAAGGUUUCACCCAUUAUCAUAAAUACAGUGAUUACGAUUACAUCGGCACUUUCUCCAACUACAGAGACUUCGGAAGAAGAGAUUAGUCCAAUUCCUCCAGACCUGUGGGAUAAGAAAGAUAUAAAAAAUUUAAAAAUGUGGUUUCUUGAAAAGUCAAAUGGAAAUGAAAAUAAAAAUACAGCAACUGAGUUGGUUCUCACAGGGGAGACAUUAAAUAUGAGAAUUGAAUCAGUCAUUGUAACUCUUGAAGCUGGAGUUGGUCACAGAACGGUACCUAUGCUUUUAGCAAAGUCGUCGUUUUCCGGAGAAGUCAAAAAUUGGAGUACGCUCAUCAACCUCCGUUCCCAACUUGAACUGGAGGUGCAUUAUUAUAAUGAGAUGUUUGGUGUGUGGGAACCUUUGCUUGAACCACUAGAAAUUGAAAAGAGCGAUGAAUUCAAACCAUGGACUCUUGGAAUCAAGAUGAAAAAGAAGGCUAAAGGAGCAUUAGAAUCAGAUGCUGAAGAAGAACGCUAUAAGGUGCCAGAAUAUAAAACAGUAAUAAACAUCUCCUCGAAAGACCAGCUGAACAUUACACUAUCCAAAUGUGGACUACAAAUGUUGAGUAACCUGGGCAUGGCAUUUGCUGAAGCAGCUAGCAAAACUUCAGACAUCUUCAAAAAAGAUCAAGCACCAUUUGUAAUAAUGAAUUCCUUAGGACUUCCCAUCACUGUCUCACCGAGUGAUUCCUUUCAAGUCCUUAAUGUUGAGUCUGGAGCAAAAACAUUUCAUUUAAAAGAUGGGGAAAGUCUAAACAUGGAGUUUCUCAGAACUAAAAGUGAGAGUGACCAGUUCGCAGCAAUGACCACCCUAAGCAGCAAAAUGUUUUACAUUCAGCUCAGUCCUCAUAAACACUCCACUGCUGACAAGAUUCCGUUGACAAAAGUGGGUCGAUGUCUUUAUAGAGUAAGACAUGAGGAGUCGGGUGUUGAAAGAUCCAUUGUUUGUCAAAUUGAUACGGCAGAAGGGAGUAAGAUGAUAACUGUACGUUCUCCUGUACAGAUAAGAAAUCAUUUUUCAAUUCCACUGAGUCUUUUUGAAGAUGGAACAUUUCUAGGAACUGCUUCACCAAUAAACGAAUUUAACAUACCACUGACCUCUUACAGAUCACUACUUUGUUUGCAACCAGUAACUGAUGAAACUGGAAUUGGUGGAGAAUAUGAAAUGUGUGAAGGAAUUAGCUUUGAUGAAAUUAUGAAAAAUUUUGGCAACUUAAUACAGAGGAAAUGCCAGUCCAUAAAAUCAACUAAUCAUUCACUUAUUAUUAAUGUUGUGCCAGUAAAAGAUACCUUGACAUCUUCAGUAUGUGCAGAUGAUCGAUGGGAUUUACCAUAUGUUAUUCAUUUAUGGCCCUCUCUCCUCCUCCACAAUCUUCUUCCUUAUCCAAUUACUUAUUCUCUACAGGGAAAUGGUAACAAAUGGGACACUCUAGAGGAUGGAUGUUCAACUCAGAUUCAUAAUGCAGUAUUGGAUCAAACCAUGCUGGAAUUGCAGUUACUUAAUUAUCUUGAUCAAAAUUGGAAAAGCGAGUACCAUAUAAGAACUAAUCAGCAAGAAAUUGGCUUCAUCACAUUCUCUUGUAUCACUGAAAUGGAUAAGACUGAACUAGAUAUUGCUGUUCAUGUGACCUAUACAACUGGACAAAUGAUCAUAGCAAUUCACAGUCCGUAUUGGAUGGUAAAUAAAACUGGCCGAAUGUUGCAAUACAAAGCUGAUGGCAUUCACCGCAAGCAUCCUCCUGAUUACAAAAAGCCACUUCUUUUUUCUUUCCAGCCAAAAAAUUUCUUCCAAAAUAACAAGGUGCAGCUUAUGGUGACUGACAGUGAACUGUCUGAUCAGUUUUCUCUUGAUACUGUUGGUAGUCAUGGUUCUGUUAAAUGUAAGAGUCACAAAAAGGAGUACCAAGUUGGUGUUACCAUAGAUAACAGCAGUUUUAAUAUUACAAGAAUCGUCACUUUCACCCCCUUUUUUAUGAUCACAAACAGAAGUAAAUAUACUUUAGAGGUAGCUGAAGAAGGCAAGGAAAAAUGGAUUCCUAUCACUUUUCAUCAGGGGUCUGAGAAUCUAUGGGAGAAGGAACUUGAUGGCAUGUGCAUUCCCUUUUGGCCUGAAAAAGAUUCAAAUAAACUGCUGAUUAGAGUUGAAAAUUCCAACAUUCCCCCCAAGAUGAUCUGUUUUAAUAAGCAAGAAAACUGUACAUUGCUGUAUUUGGACAAUAAGCUUGGUGGCAUUAUAGUGGAUGUUAACCUGACCGAACAUUCUACAGUAAUUACUUUAUCAGAUUACCAUGAUGGUGCAGCUCCAUUCCUGUUAAUUAAUCAUACCAAGGAGGAGAUGAUUGAGUAUGGGCAGAGUUCUCUCAAUGUGAUGGAAGACUGUCUUAUGCCAAAUAAAGCAGUAUUGUACACCUGGGCUGAUCCAGUAGGCUCGAGAAAGUUGAAAUGGAAAUGUGGAAAGUGCAAUGGGGAAGUAACGCAAAAAGAUGACAUGAUGGACUCUCUCCCCCUGGAUAAAAAAAAAAGACUUUAUUUAGUUUCAUUUUUUGAAGGCUUGCAACGUAUUAUCCUGUUCACUGAAGAUGAGAGUGUAUUUAAAGCAACAUAUGAAAGUGAAAAAGUAGAACUAGCAGAACAAGAAAUUGUUCUAUCAUUACAAGAUGUUGGAAUUUCUUUAGUCAACAAUUAUACAAAGCAAGAAGUGUCCUACAUUGGAAUUACAAGUUCUGAUGUAGUUUGGGAGACAAAACCCAAGAAGAAAUCAAGGUGGAGGCCAAUGAGCAUUAAGCAAACUGAAAAGUUAGAGAGAGAAUUUAAAGAAUACAGUGAGCUGUCCCCUUCAGAAAACAAGAUUGUUGAGCUGGAAACAAAUGUUAUGGUUUGUUUAACUCCUAAUGGUGGUAACAUGAAAAUCCAACAACCAAACGAAAUUCCUGUAAGAAGAAAUUAUUUGCCAGCUUUAAAUGUAGAAUAUAGUACAUCUGCGCAUCAAAAGUCCGUCAGAGUCCAAGUUUACUGGAUACAGAUACAAAACCAGAUUCCUGGAGCCAUAUUUCCUUCUGUGUUUUAUCCUAUUAAACCUCCAAAGUCCAUCACCCUGGAUUCAGCACCAAAGCCAUUUAUUGAUGUGAGUGUUGUCAUGAGGACUGCAGGGCAUUCUCAAAUAUCACGUAUUAAGUACUUUAAGGUGCUGAUUCAGGAAAUGGAUCUCAAAUUAGAUCUUGGAUUCCUAUAUGCAUUGGCUGAACUCUUUACACAGGCUGAGAUGCCCAAAGACCAAGAGGUUGAACUUUUCAAAAAGGAUAUAGAAUCUGUCCAGAAAGAAUUGAUGAGUAUGUCAUCAACAGAUACAUCGCAAAUCAGCUUGUAUGAAUAUUUUCAUAUCUCUCCAAUCAAGUUACAUUUAAGUUUCUCACUGAGCACGGGUGGAGAAGAUAGCAACAAAGAAGAAAGACAGCAUGAACUGAUUCCAGUUCAGUCCGUGAACCUUCUGCUGAAGAGUAUUGGUGCCACACUCACAGAUGUACAAGAUGUUGUCUUUAAGUUGGCUUUCUUCGAACUCCACUAUCACUUCUGUACUACACAACAACUACAAUCAGCAGUUAUUAGGCAUUAUUCAAAACAGGCCAUUAAACAAAUGUAUGUUCUUAUUCUUGGCCUUGAUGUUUUGGGCAAUCCAUUUGGAUUCAUAAGAGACUUGUCUGAAGGAGUAGAAGCAUUCUUCUAUGAACCUUACCAGGGAGCCAUCCAGGGUCCUGAAGAAUUUGUAGAGGGAAUGGCACUUGGUGUUAAAGCACUAGUAGGGGGAGCUGUAGGAGGAUUAGCUGGUGCUGCAUCAAGAAUCACUAGUGCUAUGGCUAAAGGAGUAGCAGCAAUAACUAUGGAUGAAGACUACCAGCAGAAGAGAAGGGAAGCCAUGAAUAAACAACCAACUGGCCUUAAAGAGGGCAUCACUCGUGGAGGGAAAGGCUUAGUGUCUGGUUUUGUUAGUGGCAUAACAGGAAUAGUGACAAAACCAAUAAGAGGAGCCCAGAAAGAAGGAGCAGCUGGUUUCUUCAAAGGUGUUGGGAAAGGUUUAGUGGGAGCAGUAGCAAGGCCCACUGGAGGAAUCAUAGACAUGGCAAGCAGCACAUUUCAGGGUAUUAAAAGAGCUACAGAUUCAUCUGAUGAUGUGACAAGUCUGCGCCCACCUCGUUUCUUUUGUGAGGAUGGAGUUAUUAGACCUUACAGGUUAAGGGAAGGGACCGGAAGUCAGAUGUUACAGAAAAUUGAAAAUGGAAGAUUUGCACAACUCAAAUACAUUACACAUGCCAUGGUCAAUAAUACAGAUUUGUUAAUGAUAACAAAAAGUGGUAUUUUGUUUGUGACAAAAGGAACAUUUGGACAGCUGACAUGUGAGUGGCAGUACACUUACGAUGAGUUUACCAAAGAGCCAUUCAUUGUUGCUGGAAGAAGAUUACGCAUUGAAGCCAAGGAACGAGUUAAGUCCGUAUUUCAUGCCAAAGAGUUUGGAAAAAUAAUUAAUUUUAGGACUCCAGAAGACGCCAAGUGGAUCCUUUCUAAACUGGAAGAAGUGAGAGAAAGUCAUCCAAUGUCGUAAUCACUGGAGAAGCUCCAAGACACAGAGAACAUGGAAUGCACAGUUCUGGCUAUUGCAUUUUAAUUGCUGUUUAACAUGUGAAACUGCUUGAUUAUCAGCCCCCCACCCCCAAAAAAGAAAAAAAGAGGAGAGUUUGUAAUAGCUUCGUUCUGCCUGUAUGAUAUAUAAUCAUAGUCAAAUUUUAAUUGAGUAAUCAGUCAGUCAGGUAAAAUAGUCUGGUGAUUAAAAAAAAAAAAAUUCUACCAAUUUUUGGCUUGCUGGGUUUUUUACUUAUGAAAUUACAGACACCUAAAUCUAGAUACCUGAUUCCUUACAAAUACAGUAUAAACAUGAAGUUGUCUUAUGUCUGAUUCUUUCACAUCUGCUACAGAAACUGAGAUUGAGAAUAAUCUGUGUGAUUUUAGAUGGAGCACAUCUUGAGGUGGUUAUCAAAUACUCAAACUCUAAGUUCUCCCAUCAGUUUUUACAUAGAUGUCAGUCACUAUGUUAUAUUGAAAUUCAAAUGAACUUAGACUUCUCCUACAGCUUGAAGAAAAUUCAGAAUGACUGCUGACCAGAAAUGUCUAACUUAGAUAUUUAAUUUUAGAAGGGCUUUUUAUUGAUAAAUAUAAUGGAAUUGUUUCCUUUAUUUUUUAUAUAAAUGAACAGUUCAUGAUAAAUUUAAAAUACAGUAAUAUCACUUUUAGUGUAAACUCUUUUAUAUGCCACUCAGAUUUAGCAAAAGCUUCAUGACACACAUACUGGUAUUCAUAAAAAAAGAACAGGUCAGUUUACCAAAGGAAGUGAUAAUCUGGGGAGAGGAGAAACAGAUAAAUCUUUGGAAUAAUGCUGUGAGUAGUCAGACCUUAUUUUAACUAUGUGAGGGGAGUUGGAAAACUUGCAUAAUGAAGCAUAUCCUGAGGUUUUAAGAGUACUGCUUAAUACAGUAGUAUUCCUCGGGUUACAUAGUAUUGCAUGCAAAGCAAACUAAUAAAUUCUAUAAGACUGCUGAACUAAUCAAAUUUUAUAUAAAAAUCAUGUUCAUAUUAAAAUAAUUUAACAAAAGUAAUAUUGGCUUCAUUCACAUUUGCCUUUACUCACCUAAUGAAACGAUUUUAAAAAAAAGUUUAAUAUCCAGUUGGAAUAAAUGUAAGUGGCAGCUGGACUUCAGUAAAGAAACGCCUGCUGUGAUGUCAUAUUGGUUGUUUUUUUUUCAAUUUGCUGUUAUGAUGUGUGGAUAGUAAUAUAUGAGGAUGACUUGAAAAAUAAAAUCUAUAGAUUAGUGGACAUAAAAGGUGAAGGGGAACUGCACAGUGGUAUAUGAACAUAUUGUCUACUCCAGAUUUUGAAGACUAUGGAAGGUCUGAUGCAUGUAGUAUCUGCUGCCAAGAUGUAAUUUCCAAACCACUGUUUGGAAUAUGCAUAGUUAGGGAAUUUAAUCCUCCUGAAAUUGCUGGUGCUGUCUGAGCUAUCCAAAAUGUUGCUUUGUUGUAAAAGCUAAAGUAAAUGGCUUGCCAAACUACAAUUCAUUUCAUUUAUACCAAGUCUUUCCUGCUGUGUUGUUUAACCUUUCAGCUGGUUACAAAAUAUAUUGUAAUAUUAUUGUAAUUUCCCCCAGAACAUUUUAUUCUUUGCUAUAUUGAAUGUAAAUUGAAUCAAAAGAAUAUAAACAAGUUCCAAACUAUGACAAUGAUUGCUUGUUACUCCUCUCAGGUAUACCCUUCAUAGUAGAGAAAACAUGAAACAUGCACCAAGAGUAUUUAUUCAAGUUACAUUCACACCAAAACAAUAGUGAAUAUAUUGCCUUGUUUGAUUGUUGGUAAUGUCUUAGGUGAAUACCAGAUAAUACAAACUUUCUCAAUCCCUGCUUUUUACCACUACUACUUCUAAACUUAUACAAUACAACUGGAUCAAGAGCCUUAUCAUGAUCCUCUCUUGAAUACCAUCUUACUCUUUCUUCCUAUGUUUGCUACAAAUCCGCUCCUCGAAUUUCUGCUUUUGGCCUCUCUCACAACUCAUGCCUUCUUUGUACAUACUCAUUUGUAUAGCCUUUUUGUUCUCUUAUUUUGAAAUCAUUCCUCUCUGUUUGGAGCUUUCUUUUGUUUGAUGGGUUUGAUUAUCACCAACUUUUGUUUUCCUGAUGUACUCUGCCAAUAAAAUAAUUUUGUGCAAAUCCUGUCUUCAUCCUGAUCACCUAAUAAGUUCCUAGAGUACUUCAAAAUUUUCUCUAUUUCCGAUGCCCAAUUCUUAAACUAGAUCUUCAAAGACUAUGUAUAGCUGUGCUCAAGCUCCUGUUUAAAUGGAUUGUAGUUUUUUCUAUUCUUUAUGCCAGCGGUGGCCAACCUGUGGCUCUUCAGAAGUUAAUAUGCAGCUCCUUGUAUAGGCACCGACUACAGGUGCCAACUUUCCAAUGUGCAGGGGAGUGCUCACUGCUCAACCCCUGGCUCUGCCACAGGCCCUGCCCCCGCUGCACCCCUUCCUGCCCCCUCCACUCCCCCCCCAGAGCCUCCUGUACGCCACAAAACACCUGAUCGGGAGGUGCGGGGAGGGAAGGGUAGGCACUGAUCAGCAGGGCUGCUGGUGGGCGGGAGGCGCUGGGAGCUGCAGGGGGACUGAUGGGGGGCUGCUGACGUAUUACUGUGGCUCUUCGGCAAUGUACAUUGGUAAAUUCUGGCUCCUUCUCAGGCUCAGGUUGGCCACACCUAUUCUAUGCUAUAUUUCUCUAAAUUAUAAACUUUUUAAUAUUAUAAACCAUCAAAGAUCCUUACUCAGAGAGCUUAAAAGAACCUGGAAAGAGUCUCAAUUCCAUAAUAUUCCAGAACUUUUGAAAAAGACACUUGUAGACUUCCCCCUGCUUUCCCAGUUUCCAGGAUCCUAUCUUGCCCUGAUUUUCUCAGGCUCCUCUCUUGACCAACAGGCUGCAUAUUCCCCCAUAUCAUCCUUCCUUCUAGACUCCUAUUACUGCACCUUGCUACCAGUCUUGACUGCAUUGCUACACUUCAGCCAUUCUGUAUUCAGUGGAAAAGAAUAUAUUAAUUUUAUUAACAAAUUAUAUUAAAUUUAAGACAUAUUUUAAUGUCUGCCUUUUCAUUUUGUCUAUUGUAGUGUUAAAAUAGUAGUUAAGUAUACUAUAAACAUUUAUUGAAGCACAUUAUCUUCCCUGUAUGAACAUAAAGUUUCUUCUUUUGAGAAAAUAGCUAGUUUGAUGUCUCAGAAAAACCGUUUUAUGUUUUUUAACUUGAUUAAAAAUAGUAGUAUUAGUAAUAAUCAUUGACAAACCAAAACGUGGAAUUAAGAGCAGCAAAUUCGAUAGGUUUUUUUUAAAAAUAGUAAUAUUGUGUCCAAAUGACUAAGCCCUAUAAAAAGUGGGGUACUGUAGUCAUAAAAUAUGCAAGAGACAUUACUGAAAUAUAUUCAUAAGUCAAAAGAUCUAAGAUCCGUUCUACACAACUAUGGAAUUGCAUACAAUUAAGGGCUCUAUAAAGUCUUUUCCAGGCCUUAAGGUUAAAAAAUAUAUAUAUAAAUGUUAAUAUAGCUCGGAAUGUUUUCCUCAUAAGUUAUAUAGUUUAACUAUUUCCAUUUUCACUAGUCUUGUGGAUUUUGUUACCAUGAUUGAGGAGAAUAGGACCACUUUGUAAGUGUUAUUACCCAGAACCUUUAGGCUAUAUGCAACUAAAGCCAAAUUAUCUGUCUGGAUAUACAAGCACCACUCCAGUUAUCUUCAAAGAGAGUUGUUUGCACCUGAGAGUGGUAUGCAGCCCUGAGUUUUAAGUUUUCCUUGAUAAAAAGUUGAAAUUUAUAACUGGAUUUUUUUAUUAAAACUGCAGAGUGUAUACAAUAUGCAUGCAUGAUACAUAGUCUCUCUCCCUCUAAAUGAAUCAGGAAUCAGAUGUAAGAUUUAAAAGUUGCCAUAAGUCCUGGAAAAAGAAUUUUUUUAAAUUCCUUUCCUUGUUUUCUAAUAUUUUUAUAAAAAUAACAGUAGUAGUUUAUGCUUCUUUGUAACCUUUCAUAAAAAACAUACGUAUAUUAGUUAGUGCUGGUUAGCAGUUCAAAAAUUUCUAUUUCUACAUCUGAGCAGUACUUUUCAGUUCUAUCUGGUCUUUGUUUCUCUUAGCCCAUGUGUCUAUGAAAAUAGUAAAUUAAGUGUUACAGUCUGGUCCAUCCAAGGUCUUGAGCUUGAACUGUAAACAUGCAGUUUUCCUAAGAAAUUAGUCUGCUAAUGUUAAAUGAUGAUUUUUAUAAAUACAAUGUUCACAUAUCUUUAUAUGAUUGCUAAAUCUUGUAUAGUUUGCAAUCUGACAAUAUAAUCACACAAUGCAAAUAUUUAUGCCUGCUAUAAAUACAUUUAUUAAAAAUUUUAACUUUAAAA